AUGUAUAAAAUAGUGCCUACAUGUACCAUAAAAAGAUACCAAAGCUGUUUAUUCGUGAAGUGUUGGAGCGAUGGAAUGGGCUGCAUUAUUAGCUCGCAGCGUGUUGGUGUGACCCCAAUGCCUACUUCGCAGAGUUCGUGGCAGCAUUUAAUUGGCAAGGAAACUGUGUUAGCUGCCCUUGCAAGGUUGGACCAGGAUAUUGCUAAAAGCGAGACAUUUUAUCCAGCGCAGAGACUGGCAGUCAUCUCUGCAGAGCUGGAAAGCAUACAACAGGAAAUAAAAGAUUUUGAAGACGUAACGAUGCUGACGUCAAAUGCUGAAUCUUAUUCUAAAAUAAUGCAUCAGAUGUUUGUAAAUUUAGAUCUAUACAAACGACCAAUGUUGGCGGCAGAAAACGAAGAUUUUGUGGCUAAUGUUAACAGAAAGGAAAUGCGUAGACUUGAGUUGGUUUGGCUUCGUAGUCGAGAAAAGGAAUUAAAACAAGAGAGGCGUCUGCUGCACGCUCAACUAUUGCGAAUACGUUCACUCUAUUCACAAUUGCAACAGUUGCUCGGGGUCAUAUGGAGCGAUAACCAACGUCCAGAUUUACAACUAGAAGAUGAAUUUGGGCGAGCUCAUUCCAUGCGUAAUGCUCUCGCGAGCGUGAGCACGCGACUGAGAGCAGCUGUGGAGUAUGCGCAUUCCGCUCUGCGGUUACUGGAUGAUGCACUUCCAGCUUGGAAACUUGCGUCCAUAGGAAAAAGCGGUUGGGAGCGCACGGCAGCUUGCGGUGAUGCAUGCAUGUUAUUGGUCCGCGCACGAUGUCAAGAGCGUUGUGCUAGAAGAGUUUUAGCGGCGUCUGCUGCACCGAGAGCAGCGCGGUCUUUACGACUGGCCUUGGACUAUGCUUUCACUGACACUAUGCAUGAUCAUAAAUAUCAAAGGGCAACGGAAAUAUUUUUGCAGUUUAAAGAAGCUCUUGUGCAAUUAGUCAAUUCGAUCCAUCAGGUUUUCCUGAAUAAUAUAGAAAACCUAGCAGUUACAGAAAAAGAGUUGGCGGAAAGUAGACGAAAAGUCAGAGCAGCAAGAGUAAACUAUAUAGUAAAAAAAGGUUUAGCUGAUUUAAAAUAUGAUCCAACCACAUUAGAAAGCUUAAAAGGAUUAGCUAACAACACUUGA